AUGGCCUCCGAACAGUCCUCACUGUAUGGAAAGCCCCGUGCUAAAUCCUCCAAAAACCAGGAAAUUACCUCAUCAUCCAACCUCGCUUUCACAAGCCAACUAUCCUCCCUCAUCGCCCAGGGCUCCGGCCCCGCCUCUCAUGGCCGCUCACGACCAACCAAUGCCUCCAAAAGCGACCUUUUCGCGAGGCAAAACAAAGGCACAGAGAAGCGUGCCGCUGCCGAUCUCCAAGAGGAUGACCACCAUGUCUCACAAGUACACAAGCGCAGCCAUGACAUCGGGGCGAUCGAUGACGCCACACUGAACCGAUCCAAGUACCGGAUGGCGAAGAAGGUGCGCAUGUACGACGACAUGAAGAAAGGGGUGCACCUUACGGGAGACAGUAGCGACGAAGAUGGAGGGCAUGACUACCUAGCGCAGCUACGACGCAAGGAGAAGGGGGGACUGGUCGAUUUCGAUACAAAAUGGGCAGCUGAGCAGCGCAAGAAGAAGGAUGGUUCCGAGGAGGAAGAGGAGGACGACGACAGUGCGUCCAUCGUCUCCUAUGAAGACGAGUUUGGUCGGACUCGACAUGGCACCAGGGCCGAAGCCGCUCAGGCUGCCCUCACCAAAGAGGAAGAGGAGAAUCGGGGUCGAGCCACAGAGGAACGUUGGCGACCCUCGCGACCAGACAAUCUGAUCUAUGGCGAGGCAAUACAAGCCGAAGCGUUCAAUCCAGACGUGAAUAUUGCGGCACAGAUGGCCCGCCUUGCAGCCCGGCGAGACCUAUCACCUGAACCGGAACAUGUACACUACGACGCGGACGCCGAGGUGCGCAAUCGUGGAACGGGCUUCUAUGCCUUUUCACGUGACGAAGAGGAGAGGCAGAAGCAAAUGGAGGAGCUGACGAAGGCUCGCGAGGAGACGACGCAGCAGCGAGAAAAAGUGGCGGCCAGAGCGGUGCAGCGACAAGCUGCUCUUGCAGAUCGACGAAAACAAAUUCAGGAGCUGCGCAGUAAGAGACUUGCGGAGCAAUUCUUGGUUGAUUUGGAUAUUCCACAUGCGGGGAUAUCGGUCGACGGGUGA